GUUCACCUGCGUGUGAACUUCCAGAUAGUGAAACACCCCCUCUGGGCUCGGAUUGGUCGAGUCAGUCCGGCUCUGUUCCAUUAAGUCCUGGUGAUAAGCCGAUUACCUGACUCAGAGGCGAGCCACUACUCCAGCCGUACUCACGACUCUGCGCUCACCUGAAAACAGACCAACAAUGAGCGACGUGAAAAAAGGAUAAAAAUAUUUCUAAAAACCAAAAUCAGUAUGGAUUUCUCUUGUGAAAGGAGAACCUGAGCAGCAGGACAAUGAAGAAGGUGUUGAUUAAUUUUCCAUGCCAGAACCACAACUCUGCUCCAUCACAUCUCGAUGCCACUGAUUAUUUUCCUCUAACAGAAUGCCACGCUAUAUUGUCUUCUAUUUUCCUCCAUCUUGGAUUUUCAUGCAGCUCAGACCAUCAUGGAGAGGAGUACAAUACCCCCACUAAUCUGAUUACGAGGGGUUUUUAGACAUAACCCCAUGCUGUGACCGUAUUUCCGCCCCUCCCCCGCACUCAGACCUACUGCCCUCUAAUAAAAUGGCGGUCUUGAAGGUGACCUUCACCAAGACGAGACGGGACAAUCUGGCCCAGGCGCUGUGGGUGCUCAACUGGGUCUCUGUCCUCACAGGCCUGGUGCUCUUCAGCUUGGGCCUUUUCUUAAAAGUGGAGAUCCAGAAGAGACGGGAGGUCAUGGCUAAGGAGAUCCAUUCCGUGCCACACAUGCUGAUCACCGUGGGCCUGGCCGCCUGUGGGAUCAACUUCCUGGGCGGGAAGAUCUGCUACGACUGUGUGGAUGCCGAUAAGUUCCUGCACUGGAAGCUCCUCAUGCUGCCGUACAUCAUCUGUACCUUCUUCUUCACCUUCUGCAUCCUGGUGGGAGCUCUGAUGUGCUACACCAUGCACAGGGACCUGGAGGCGGCUCUGUUUUCGGGGCUGAAGGAUGCCAUGCGUUACUACGGGGACACGGACGUGCCCGGGCGCUGUUACAUCAAGCAGAAUGUCGAUCUCCUGCAGAUCCAGUUCCAGUGCUGUGGAAACGAUGGGUUUAGAGACUGGUUCCACAUCCAGUGGGUCAGUAACUGCUAUCUGGACAUGACCAGCAAGGAAGUUAUGGAUCGUCAGAGAAGCAACGUGGAGGGGAAGUACCUCCUGGACAGCGUUCCCUUCAGCUGUUGUAACCCGUCCUCCCCUCGGCCCUGCAUCCAGCACCAAGUCACCAACAGCUCUGCACACUACAGCUACGAUUAUCAGACGGAGGAACUGAACCUGAACCAGAGGGGUUGCAGACACGCGCUGCUGGAUCACUACACCUACAUCAUGCAGUCCAUCGGCUUCAUCGUGCUCAUCAUCUGGCUCUUUGAGCUUGCUGUGCUCACCGGAGUCCGUUACCUACAGACCUCCAUGGAGAACAUGCUGAAGUUAGGAAACCCUGACUCUGAGUCAGAGGGCUGGCUUCUGGAGAACAGUAUCGCAGCGACGGCGCGCUAUAACUUUAACAUCAUUAAGAACCUGGGGAAGUGCUACCAGGUGGACGACGACCCCAACAUCGACGUCCCGAGCAGCCGAGGGAACGUCCCCACUCAGCAAAUCCCGGGGGUCAGCUAGCGAGAGGUUCACUGCCAGACUGCCAGAAGUCACCCGGUGCCAUACUGAAGAGAUGCUGAGAGAACAGUUUCAACAAAAGAACAUAAAUGAGAAGGAAUUUGUUGCACAAACAAAAACAAAAACCAUCUUAACCGCCUUGUUUAAAAAUCUAACAUCUUUAUUUUUAUAUUGUACCAAAUACACAUGAUUUGCAGCAGCCUGAGUUCCUUACUCAUUUAAUGAUAUUAAUUACCUUUAAUCAUCGCUGUGUAGCUCCGUAGUGUGCUUUAACUAAUCAAUGUAAUUAAUCAGUAAAGUCGGACUUAAGGCUCAAUGAAGCCAGAUACAUCUGGGCCUGGCGAUUAUCAGAAUAAUCAGAUGACUUUAGGGCUGUUGUAUUAAAGAGGAAAAGAAUAUCUGCUGCUUCAAGGAACAAAAAUAA